CAAACAAUAUGAAAUUUCCUUAGAAAAACAUAUAUUAUACAAAGUAUGAAAUAAUUAGUUCAUGGUCAUAAAAGUUCCAAGAGACAACAAGGCAGUCCAUGUUCUUUCAUAUUAUCCAAUAGCAAUAUCCAAAUUCCAUAAAUAGUAGACCCCACCUCUUUCUAUUAUUCUCAUACGUAAUUAAUUAAUUACCUAGUUAGUAUAUAUAUAUUUUCAUUUCCUCCAUUAUAAUUCCUUUCUUUUUCUCUCAACUUCUCUCACUAUAAUUUUCUAGCCAUGAAUGUUACAGAUGAUCACCAUAAGCACGAUGAUGAUCAUGAAGCAAUCGCGACGAAUGAUCUUAAAUCACCCCUUCUUCCCCUCAAUCACAACGAUGUUAAUCAAGAGAGUUCCACCUCCCUAAUCACGUCACUCGUCACACCUAACACGUUCUUUAUUGUUCUAGGACCUUUGUUAUGUGGAGUAAUAUGUAUGUGGGUCAAAGUUGGUGAAUUGGAGUCAAGUAGAAAUAUGUUGGGUGUUCUUGCAUGGAUUUUUACGUGGUGGUUAACCAUGGCCGUCCCUAUGCCGAUCACCUCCAUGGCGCCGUUGUUCCUUUUCCCGCUUUUCGGAAUCUCUACCGCCGAUGUGGUUGCUAAGUCUUACAUGGAUGAUGUGAUUUCUCUUGUGCUUGGUAGCUUCAUUCUUGCUCUUGCUGUUGAACAUUAUAAUAUUCACAAGAGGUUGGCCUUGAAUAUAACUAUAUUAUUUUGUGGCGAUCCUGUAAAUCCUCCUCUACUUUUACUUGGGAUUUGUGCCACAACGGCAUUUGUCAGCAUGUGGAUGCACAACGUGGCAUGCGCCGUGAUGAUGAUGCCCGUGGCCACCGGAAUCUUACAACGACUUCCGACUACGAGGACAGGGCAAUCCGACACCGUGAACAAGUUUUGUAGGGCAGUGGUCCUUGGAGUGAUAUACUCUGCGGCUAUAGGCGGAAUGUCUACUUUAACUGGGACAGGUGUCAACCUGAUAUUGGUUGGGAUGUGGAAGAGUUAUUUUCCUGAAGCAAAUCCCAUUAGUUUCAACACUUGGUUCUUCUUCGGGUUUCCUUUGGCUGUCGUAAUCUUAUUGUUUAUGUGGGUUAUUCUUUGUUGCUUGUAUUGUGAAAGAGGUUCAUCAAGGGUUCUUUCUAAUUACUUGGAUAAAGCUCAUCUCCAAGCAGAACUUGACUCGCUAGGUCCAAUGUCCUUCGAAGAAAAGAUGGUGUUGUCCGUCUUUUCGGGGCUAAUAGUGCUAUGGAUGACAAGGAACUUGACAGAUGAACUACCAGGAUGGGGAGCUCUUUUUAAAGGAAGAGCUGGUGAUGGCACUGCUAGUGUUUUGAUGGCAACUUUGUUAUUCAUAAUACCAAACAAGAGGCAAAAGGGAGAAAAACUAAUGGAUUGGAACAAGUGCAAGAAGCUACCUUGGAACAUAGUCCUUCUAUUAGGAGCCGGUUUCGCUAUAGCCGAAGGUGUCCGCACAAGCGGCCUUGCAGAUGUCCUGUCCAAGGCGUUGGACUUCCUUGAGAACGCCCCGUUUUGGGCGAUUGCCCCGGUGGUGUGCCUCAUUGGUGGAGCGAUUACCGAGUUCACCUCCAACAACUCCACCACAACAUUGUUGAUCCCGUUGCUAAUACAAAUUGCAAAAACCAUGCAUUUGCACCCGCUCUUACUCAUGGUCCCUGGUGCAAUUGGAGCACAAUUUUCUUACUUGCUUCCAACCGGAACACCGUCGAAUGUCGUUGGGUUUUCUACUGGGCAUAUUGAGAUCAAGGAUAUGCUCAAGGUUGGCUUCCCUUUGAAGAUUUUUGGCACCCUUGCUCUGUCUGUUCUAAUGCCUACUCUUGGAGCCUAUGUUUUUGGUACCGAUAAAAUGGUGAACUACCCGUUAACUUGGCGCAGCCUACAAGCAUUAUAACUUUGAUCAGCUGCUCGCCGAUACGUAUACUGAAUUACUGGUGGAUGAUGCAGGGCAUAAGGUGUUAUAUCGAUCAACAGAGCCACCCUAGCCAAAGUGUUAUAUCGAUCAAUAGGGCGUGAUCUAUAUGAUCAGCGCCAAUUUAUUAAGACCCAAAGAUGCAUAUUAUUUACCACCCUAGAAAAUUUAUGUCUUCGGAUUCUUAAGGCUGUGUUUGAUCGGGAAGUUGUAAUUUUUCAUGCUCGCCGUGAGUAGUAGGAUCAGAUUGUAGCUAGCUUAGCUUGUAAUGAUCUUGAAGGAUCCAAGAAUAUCUGUCAUAGAAAGUUGUAAAUUCCAAACAAUCAGUUAUAUAUAUAUAUAUCGAGAUAAUUGCAUGACAACUUA